AUGGGCGGGCGGCCUCACUGCGACCGGUGCAAGGUGGCUAGCCAUGAGCAGAGCCUCUGCUCGCAUCUGCAGCUGGUAGUCGAAGCUGGGAGUGUCUCUGUGAGGCGAGGUGCUGUGCCCCCGCCGGCUCGAGGAGCCUCCCAGCGCAGAGAUAAACUCGAAGUGUUGGAGGCGCUCCGGGAGUCAGGAGAGCGGCUGACGGUGUGCAACGAUCCGACCUGCCGCUCUUUGGAUUUUGCGGGCCCUUGCGCGCACGUUCGCGAGGAGUGGCUCUGUCCGCCGGCAGCAGCGUUGGACAUGGGCCACUCGCACAAGGCAAUUGACACAGUCAUGAGCCGCGGGGGACGGGCGGUGGUCGACUCCUGCGAACGGUGGGGGGACAGCGGCGUGGCACAGCGCGAUGCUGCCAAGCAUUUCUGCGGGCCGAGGCCGUUGCAGGAUGCAGCGCCAUGCGGGAGGCGGUGGGUGAUGGAGAGUCGCAAGGGUAUGCUGACCAUGGCGGGGGCUCGCUAUCCGGUGACCGUACAUCGGAGGGUGUGUGCGAUGCAGCCGGGUAGAGUGGCUGCAUGCUGCAGCCUGGCAUACGAUGGGCAGGAGGAUGGGAUCUUCAACUUCUCUGGCACCAACCUGAUCUCCCACGGCCUGCUGUUGCGAAAUCACUUUGCGGCCGCCCUGGGCGCCUCGCACACCCUGGGCUUCGACGCAAACGAUAUGGCUGCGGCCAGCUUGGACGGGCCCGGAGCGCCCCGCCUGGAUGAUAGGGUCUUUGACUCCGCCAUGAGGGCCUUCAACGACCUGGCGGCCAGGCCCAUUCAGCAUGCGUGCAAGCGGCCGGAUUGUUCGCACUUGUACACUUCGGAGGUGCUAGCAGCCGAGGCGGCUGCUCGAGAAGGAGGCACGCCUCUCGCACGGGAGCGGACGGAGGGGGAUGCGGACCAGCUGGAGACCUAUGCUUUUGGCCCGGACAAGGUGAUCACGUUCGAUGGAACCUUCUUCCCCAACGCGAGCGCCAUGCGAGACGCCAAGGAGAGUGGGCUCCACAGCAUAACAGAGCCAGGGCCGGGGGCCCCCACCGUGGGGGGUGGCUUUACACCGCUGAGCGUUGGAGGGCUGUGGCCAUCUGAUGCUCCAAGGGAGCUCAUCGACUGCGAGUGGAAGUACCGCAACGGCCUAUCGGACAUCACGCCGGCGGUGCGUGCGGCCGCCAUGCGGUGGUGCAACUUUAGAAAGGCACCGAAGGGCUGUAGCAAUGCACCCCUCACUCCAGACGAGUUCCUGGCAAUGCGGGCGGGCCUCCCAAAGAACGUAUAG